AUGGACGAGCCACGACACGGUUCGCAGCUGUUCCAAAUGAGCCGCUGGAGUCUGUUGAAGGCCUGGAGCGCGUUUGCCGUGCUCGGGCUCGCGUGCAACACGCCAUCCUGCCGGGCUGAUGGCGCUUCCAAGAUGGAGGUCGUGAAGCAGUGGAACCUGCUAAACUUCAACUUCCCUUGGGACUACCCGGCUGCCAGUAAAGAGUACUACAACCCCGAGAAUGUAGUCGCCACGGGUGUCGAAGUGGGUUAUGAUCGGAUUUUCCUCGCGACACCACGUUUGUUUUCGGGCGUCCCAGCUACCGUAACGAGUGUUCCACGUGGCACCAACGGUGAUUCGCCAGUGCUGCAGGCUUACCCGGACUGGACGCAUCACCGGGCGGCUACAAAGGAGUACAACUGCUCCGACAUUGGGCUGGUGUCGGUGUAUCGACUACGCAUCGACUCCUGUAACCGGCUGUGGGCUCUCGACGCUGGCGUGUCCCGAUCGCUCGAGGACUUCGAAGUAACCUGUCCACCCAAGAUCCUGGUGUACGAUCUGCACACCGACCAGGUGGUGCGUCGGAUUGAUUUUCCACCCGAGGUUGUACGUCGGGAGUCACUUUACACUAACCUGAUUGUGGAUGAGACAAACUCGCGUCCUGAGAAUGGCUGUGAUGAUGUAUUCGUUUACAUCACGGACACGGUCGCACCCGGAAUCGUCGUUUAUGACAGCGGGCGGGAUCUAACCUGGCGUGUGAGCCAUCCAGCCAUGUAUCCUGAUCCGGAUUUCGCGGAAUCAUCCAUCCUCGAACACCGCUUUACGCUGAUGGACGGCAUCGUGGGACUGGCAUUUGACAUGGAGGCCGGCAUCGUCUACUUCCAGCCAUUGGCCACCGACCGCAUCUUCUCAGUGACGACUGAUGCGCUCCGUGCCGGACCACUGCCAUUCGGAAAGGACCUUCCCGUGAAGCUGGUUGGUCGUAAGUCCUCACAGGGAAUUGGACUAGCGGCGUCCCCUAACGGUGGUACCAUUUUCUACGCGCCUCUGUCUGAAACGGCCGUCGCAUCCUGGAACCCGCGAACGAACGAGCAUCAGAUUCUUGCGCAAGAUCAAGAGAAAAUCCAGUUUGCUGCCGAUCUUCGCACGCCGGACCGCGACGGCACAGCACUUUACGUGCUGACGAGCAAAUUCCAUCGCUUUUUCCUGAAGAACCUCGACGCGAACGAGUUCAACACGCGCAUCCUGCGGAUUGACGGUGUGGUGACACCAAGCGGCCAGCUGGCUUCGCAGAAUCACCUGCGCCCAACCGUGACUUACGACACGCUGAACCGGGACGCGUACUAUCACCCAUCCGUGGUGCUUCCGGUGCCGUACAAACCACUUCCGGCGGGACAGAGCAUCGCUUUACCACCGGUCGCCUCCACGUCCACACCAGUGAAUGUAUUCGGUACGCCCAACAUGCCUUUUGGCCAUAGCAUCUUCACGAAACACACGACCGGCAAGUCUUCCAGCUCGUUUUUCACGCUGAACAGCGGAGAGAAAACGUUCCCACCGCCAUCGAUCGGAUCCCGACUGCCUUUUGGAGCCAGCAACGGUGGACCCAUCUUUGUGCCGAAAUUGAGCCACAACUUCAACGAUCUGAACGGACUGCGAUACCGGAAGAGCCUGUCAGCGAAUCAGACGAGCUUCCCGUGAGUCCGUGAAGUUCUUAGGCUAGCUGAAGCGGCUUGUACAUAGCGUCGAGGGGAUGCGCGAUGAGAUUUUUGUUGCUGUUGCUCUGCAAUAGCCGUUGGAACGGUGUGCCAGCAGCGCCAUUGAAACAAACACCCACACCUACACACAAACACUGCCCAU